AUGAGGUCUCUCGAUCUUGGAACACUUCUUUGUGCCGUUGCAUACUUAGCUUUUGGUUCUGCUAACAAUGUACCGACCGCGAAGACAGAAGGCGUGACGUAUCAUGGCCUCCACAGGAACCAGAUCGAAGCUUUCUUGGGGAUUCAAUACGCUGAAAAUACUGGCGGUGAGAACAGAUUCAGAUCUCCAAUCCCUUACAAGCACUCGAAUGGAUCCAUUGUUAAAGCUGCGAAGCCUGGAUCAGCAUGUCCUCAGGACGAAGGGUUGACGCUAAUACCACUAUACCUGGGUAACUACACAGACAUCUCCGAGGACUGUCUUCGUUUGAAUGUCUUCAGACCAAAUGGUACUAAUGAAGGCGACAGGUUGUCGGUCAUGGUGUACAUCCAUGGCGGAUCGUUCUAUGGUGCAUCGAAGGAUGAUCCGAAUUCGCAACCAGCUGGACUCAUUCUCAAUUCUGUGGCGAAUGGGCAUCCUGUCAUCCAAGUCCAGCUGAAUUCUAGACUCGGUGUGUUUGGAUUUGCAAAGUCAGAGGCUCUGAGAAAGAAUGCUUUGACCAAGUUGCAGCCAGCAGGAACUUUGAUUCGAUAUUGUUGA